AUGACGGUGAUGAGCGGCCAAGGCACCGCCAUCGCCGGAGCGGCAUCACAUUCAGGGCCUUCCCGCGACGGCAACAUGCCGCCGCAACGGCGCCCUCAACAUCAUUCCCAAGGGUUAAACCUCGUCUUCGACUCAUCAGAUCUCCUCUCGCCAACAGACAGCGCCGGUCCCGGCUUGGAUAUGCUUCCUAUAGCGCCACCAUACCACCGUAAUGACUCGAUGCCAAGCGACGGCUCCCACUCUUCGACAAACACAGUGCAGGACGACGGACGGCGCUCUCACAAGCCACCUGUUCUGAGCUCCAGAGCACCCUUCGGCAACGGUGCUCAAGCCUCGUCAUCCAAAUUUUCACCGGCUCUGCCUUCAUCUGGCUCUGUUGCACAGCGCGGUCACGAUGAGGUCCCAAUGGAUGCCGACGGAUACGAUCAUGCUGAGAAAGACGAAGUUCUCCAAGCCUCAGGCUCAUCUCGCUGGGGACCCGCUGGUAUUGGUGGAUUGUCUGACCAUCAUUUGAGCAUGUCCUGGGGCCGAGCGGCUACAAGGAGUCCUCGUGCGCCACCGACCGAUGUUCCGAGUACUCCUGUCACAGCCGGCCUCUACUCUUCGCAACUCGAGCAGGAUGCAGCAACAAUGCAGCGCUCUCUCGAGAACGAGAUCGAGACAGACAGCGGCGAUAGCAGCCUCUUCCCUCCUUCACCAGAUUGCGAACAAAUGGCCAAUCACGACCUCCUCUCGGCUACAUUGCGGCAUCUCAAGGGGCGCAAAGAGGGCCGAGCUGUUCUCGACGAUUCGCAUCUUGAAGACCUGCCUCUUGAGUACGAGAAUGACAAGCGCAGAGUGAAGCCGGCGUCGCGGUCUCCUUCGUCGUCAGCAGAUCGAGGAGCUGAUACGCCGACGGCUACCAAUCUUCGCGAGCGGCGCCUUCUUGCUCACCGUCGAGGCUCGUCGGGCGGCUCAGCGCCACCUUCUGACCUUCCAGCCAUUCGCACCGACGUCACGCGCGUCCACACUAAGCCAGUGCGCCCGCCGAGAAGCGAGCGCCGCAGCUCGAUCUCGACCUCAGAAGCUCAAUCUACUUCAAGGCCGACGAAUCGCCCGCGUCUUUCCCACAUGGAAACGCCAAACGCAAGUGACACGACACUCAGCGCCAGAAAUCAAGGAGAGCAGCCAACGUGGGAGGCCAAGGUACGGGCGUGGAAGGUUUCGGGCCAUUUUGAAGAGCCCACGCGUACAGAAUCGCCGCCAAUUCUCGAGUCUGGCUACUCGGCGCGACAGCCUCUGCAGACUUGCCCUCAGCAGCCUCACCAACCCGUCCGAGAGUCACCAAAGCCCUACAACACACCUAUCAACAACACUACGCUUGCAGGAGGUCGCCGCCCGAGUGCGGCUGGGCCGCAAUCCAUGAGGCCACCACUGCCCCGGGCACGUACAAAUGACGGACAGGCUAGUGAUUAUCUCCGACGCCCUUUCAUCUGGGCUGGCAACCCCAUCUCAUCAGCCUCAAAGCUGCAUGGAGGCAAAGGCGGUGAUUCAGUGGAGGACCUCGCGGACCCUUCCCUACUCUAUGCCUGCCCUCCGUACGCGCAAGGCGGUCGAAAGGGGUCGAUCAACUCGUCGAGCGGCUCGCUUCAACUGCUCUCACCGAAUUCACGGUCGCGCUCAGGCUCCAUCGCGGGCAGCGAGUCGUCACAUGACGGGCGAUCGCAGCGCGCUGGAGGCGGCUGGAGCGAGUACGCGCAUAGCAACAACUCGGCCGUAUCGCAGCUUCAGAUCAAGGGAGGCGCCGGUGGCUAUGGCGCACGUCCCUCGACGGCGAACUCAUCUCAGACUGCUCUCGUCGCUCCGGCUGCACAAUAUGCCGCCGCCACGUCCUCGCCGAGUGCAACGUCGAGCAGCAACUUUUCCUCUGGCUCAGAGAGCAGGAUGAGAAUGCGCCGCAUGCACGACGAGUCGGACACGGCAUACCUAGUGCGUCAAGGCCUUGCCCUCACAGAGGACGACGUGGAGGUCAGCGAGCUUCGCAGCGUUGAGCAGCACUCUUCGCUAUUUGGAAUUCGCCGCCGCCUUGUGUCGACGUACCCUGACCUUGGCGCGGGCGUGCUUCGCUCCGCUCUCCCUUCUCGACGAUCCUCCCGCCGCAGCUCGUCUUUCGCUGAUGACGAAGAGAAUCGCCCCAGCUGGACGAGAAUGGAGUCUGAGAAGUCGCUGCGCAAAGCUGAAGAGAAGCUUGAGGCCAGGGAGGCCGACCUGACCAUCGAGGCAGUCUCAAAGCACGAGGCGACCUCGGUGAGCAUCACUGUUUGGACUGAGCAGCGCGAGGGAAGGUGGACGGUGAGAGGCCCCGCGCCACCCGGCGUAGGUGUCGCCAAUCGACUCCCGGAUAUCGGCGACGUCUGGCUCAUCCCGAUCGACUCGCGUGGCAUCGUAGAACGCAAGAAGCUACGCUCGAACAUCGAGAUGGCGAGCAGCCGCACUGUCGUCGUGUGCAGCGAGUGUGUUCCCGCUCGCGCUCGAGGCAUAGACAUGAACAACUGCCGGGUCUGCAAGGGCGCUGGCUGUGUUGAGAAGGUCUUCAUCGCUACGGUCACGAUCCGCGUUGCGACCUUCUUGCCACUCAAGCUGCCCUCCAUUCACCUCAUAGGUGCCCGGCUGCCUCAACUCACCUACAUCGAAGCCGAGGAUGAACUUUCCAGGACUGAAAUGUUGCAAGACCGAGCCAUCGAGAGCACGCUCCAAGCCUGCCGCAGAGUCGGCCAGCAACACAACCUGCAGCACGAUGCUCGCUUGCUGAUGACCAAGGCCAAGGUCGAGCGCAAGGGAGUUAUGACCGUCUCCGUGGCCUCAUCUCGCUCUGGUCGCAAGCGCGUCUUUGAGGUGGUAGACCACGCAGGCAAGAUCACGGAGCAGGCAUCAGCCCCUCGUAGGCCGUCGACGUCUGCUUCACGCGCAUUGACAUCUGCCUCUACGACAUCGCUGGGCAGCAAGAAGUCCUUCGAGUCUACAAGCGGUAGCUUGUUCGGACGUCGACCAUCAGGGCAGUACGCUUCGCACACGAUGCCCCGCAUGGGAAGGCAGGGCUCGCACACCUUGGCUGGCAGCCUCUAUUCACGAGGUGGAAACGCUAGCACUUCGUCGACGUUGUCCACGCCUGCGACGAUGACGACGGCACCUCCACCAAGACUCACACGCCCGAAGCUGAAGACGUCCAAUUCAGAGAUUGGACCAAGUAGGCUCCGUCGCUCGCUGUCCUUCUCCAAGGGGCCGGGGUCAGGAGCAGCAUCUGGCGACGACGGCGACUCGGACAUCUUUGGGAGUGGUGGAACAUUUGGUGAAAGAACUAGGGAGCCAUCUCCUACUGAGAGCCCGGCGCUUGAUAGCGAUACGCCAGCAUCUUCCGCCGCCGGCAUCGCUGUAGAAAGUGCCCUCGAGGGCGGAGCUGAGGUGAAGAGGGGCAGACUUCGCUCCCUUUUCCGUAAGAAAUGA